AUGGCAGGAAAUAUCAACCCAAGCCCGGCACAACUGCCCUCCGAUUUCCAGAUCUAUGACCCGAGAUUCUUGAACAUCACUGGCCCCGCUCCCAAACUCGAAAUCCUCCUGCGGAAUAAUGACUUUCCCUUCGCCCAUGAGGCCAGUGUCUACGUGCCCUCGACAGACGAACUGUUCCUAACAAGCAAUAUCUUCACCGACCCUGUCACGAACAAUCCCAGUAUUAAAAUCUCCAAAGUCGCAGUGGGUUCGCAUCCCGUCACGUCGAAGAUCAUUGACAGCACCAUUCCCAUGCCGAAUGGCGGGGUCAACCACGGCGAUGGGAUUCUUUUCUGCGGACAGGGCGAGCUGAAUGCAACUGGAGGGCUGUUUCAGAUGUCCAUUGAACCGCCGUACGAAUCGGAGUUGGUGAUCGGAGACUUCUACGGCGCCCAGUUCAACUCCCUCAAUGAUGUCGUCGUACACAGUGACGGAUCCUUCUGGUUCACUGAUCCCACCUAUGCCUAUCACCAGGGGUUUCGUCCCACGCCCCAGUUACCGAAUCAGGUGUAUCGAUUCGAUCCAGCCACGAAGAACGUGCGCAUAAUGGCUGAUGGGUUUGGCCGACCGAAUGGAAUUUGUUUUUCUCCCGAUGAGAAGACUGCUUAUAUCACCGAUACUGCGAAAGUCGCUGGGGACGGAACCACAGAUCCGACGAAGCCUGCGACGAUCUAUGCGUAUGACCUGACUACUAUACACGGCGAGCCGUCCUUGGUCAACCGUCGCGUGUUUGCCAUGGUGAAUGCCGGAGUCCCCGAUGGAAUCAAGGUCGAUAUGGACGGAAAUGUGUAUGCUGGCUGCGGGGAUGGAAUUCAUGUCUGGUCCCCCGGCGGUGUAAUUCUUGGAAAGAUCCUUGUCAAAGGCGGCGCUGCGAACUUCUCGUUUGGUCGAAAUGGGCGCAUCUUCAUCCUCAACGAACACAUCCUCUGGGUGGCGCAGCUGGGCGAUUGGAUUGAAUCACCGGUAUACUUGAUAGAGACAAUGCGGUCCUUACUUUCUCUGCUCUUUCUGGGCCUAUCCAUCCCCGUUGUUCACGCCCAGAAUUCCGACAGUCAGGUGUUGGCCUACUAUGCCACCAGCGGGAAUUGCUUCAUGUAUCUCGACAAGGGUAAUCGGCAAAAGGCCUCCUCUCCGUGCAAGACAUACUGUCCAAAGUAUAAAGGGAACGAGGGCAUGGGUUGCCGCUCUUCAAUCAUGGACCCGGAAAAAGAGCUUACCGACCCUUCCCUGAUCUUCAGAGACGAAGACGGAAACAGAUGGUACCCGGGACAAUGUCUCUGUGGAAACCCACAGGACUAUCUACCUCUAAUCGAGCCUGUGCUGGAAGGACUUUCGAUGCUGGAUAAUAUUAUUUGUGCUGUUUUCUUGUCCAGCCUGGAAACUGUGGUGGAUAUUGGCAUCGAUGCCGUCCCAGGGGGCGCCGCGAUCAACGGAGUGAGAAAGGCCGUGGAAGGGGCCAAAACAUUUGCUGAGAAUGCAUUGGACGCGUCCUCAUUCUUUGGUAAUUGGGUGGGAAAGGCGUGUAAACUUCCGGAUUGGGACUUUGAUCUGAUGGGCUCCAUGUUUGAUUCCUUGAAUGGUGCGUCGGAUGAUUAUGGUACUAGUAAGGGAUGCUUCCAGAAGAAAAAGAGUAUCUGCAAGAAGGGUGGCAAGGAUGGAAAGGAUAGCAAAGACGACGACAAGCCCUCCACAAAAAUAGUGGAAAAGCCAUCCACGAAGAAAGACGAAAAGGACUCUACAGAAAAAGAAGACAAAAAAUCCUCCACAAAGGAUGAUAAGACCUCCACCAAGUCAGAUCACAAAACCACAGCAGCUGAACCAACGACGUCCAAGAACAAGCCGAAGCUCCCCAAGUCUCGAUCGAGUCCCAUCGCCUCCUCGACUCCAAGUGUAACUCCUUCACCGACUCCCACACCGUCGCCGUUCUAG